AUGAGACGCGACUCCGUCGAAGGCCGUCCUGUAUGGCUGUACCACACUUCUCGUGAAAUUCUGAAUGACCGCCAUGGAGGUCUGAAUGCGAGCAAUGAAGCUUAUGCACCCAGUUCUAGUGACCUCGCGAGCCUUUCGGAUACCCGCAGCGAGUGCAGUUCUCGAUAUGCGUCACGGCAAACAGAAGAUGGGUCUGCAGUCGUGUUUCUGUCUCUUGGAGUGAUUGCCAUCAGCGUUAUCGGGUUAUGUGCCUUCUACAUAUAUUCGAAUGAUUUCAAGUCUCUCGGAAAAUUAUCUGCGGCGCUAAGUAGCGCUGCUGCUGGUGUGCAGGAUGGAGAGUUUCGUACGAAGUCGGGGGACAGUUCGCCGUUGGGCACAGGAAAAGCGGCUGCUGGAAGCGCCGGAGGUUCCUCUACUGUCUUGCACGUUGAAGAUGGAAGCACCAUUUCAGCAAAGGAAAUGGCGUCAGUAAACAAUGGGACCAGAGUUGGCGGGCGCAGACGUACGUAUCAGGAACCUCUGCAGACAGGAAGACACACCAGGAGGAAUAGAAGUGGUACCUCCACGGAAAAUGGAGGCGUGAGCCAAAAGUAUCGGACGAGUACCAAAGGUGUCUCCAAAAAGACACAACCAUCGCGAAAGGGGUUCACAACCACAGUCGAUCCCGAAGUUCAUACAACGGACAGCGACACGGAGACACAGAUCGGCGUCCGACCGACGGCACGUCCGAAGAUUUUAUGCGUAUCUCAAGCAUGCAGGAAAGAAUCAGACUACCUGGCAUCUUUCCUGAACUGGUAUGUAAAACCAUGCAGGAACUUCUACGGGUUCGUGUGCAGUCAUUGGAAAAGCAUGCACCCCACGAUUGGUGCCUCUGUCGAUGCGUUGCGCGUCCAAAGACUAGAGGAGGACGUGUACCAUGCAUUCACAUCCACGCAGACGUUUCCGCCGGCAAUCUUGAAGAUAAAAAGGCUCCUGGAGGCUUGUGCACAGAAGCAUUCGCACGAAGACUAUCAACUAACAAUACGUAGCGUUCUCAGCAACGUGGGUUUACAUGGAUGGCCUUUCGUAGACGAUACGAUGACAGUAAGCGAUGUCUGGAAAGUUGCGAGCUUGCUCAUCCGGCGACUAGGGCUUGCUACACUUGUGUCCGUCGCUGUCGAGGCCGACCCCGAAACCACUAACAGGCACAUCAUAUCGCUGGGUGAACCAAGCUUACUCAUUGGGCAAUACGAUAAGACCGAGAGCCGUCUACCAGAAUGGUACAGCACAGUGGUAAUGGCGUGCCUUAGAGCGUUUGCAAACGGCGGGAAUGUAGGUGCAGCCGAGGCAAUAAGUGCUUUGACGGCAAGACUCGCGGAAAUUUCGUCUGGCAGUGGCUACGGACCAUCUGCUCUGGGGCGGUACAAAAUUUUCCAGUUAGAGGACUAUAACUCUCUCAGAGAACUACUAGAAUUGGUUUUUCAAAAUAUCACGUCCAUAAAGGACAACACGAAGGUCCUUACCAGGUCCGAUUUGUAUCUGAAAUCGUUACGGCUUGUUAUGCAUGUGAGCAGGCCAAUCGAUAUGCUCAAUUACAUGGGCUUCAGAGCCCUGAUGCAUCUAUCGCCUCUGCUUUCGGAGAACGUUAUGGAAAUGGCAUCCAUCCAGAUGAAAGAGAUGACCGGAAUUAUCCUGCCUACGUGGCCCAAGUGGCGAAGAUGUCUUCGGAUGUUCGAACGUGUGCGUCCAGCAAUUUUCUUGAAUGCCUACGCUCAGAAGGACAAGACGUCUUCGAAUACGACAGCCGUACGGAUUCUUAUGGACGAAAUUAAGCAAGGCUUUGCCAGUAGCCUGAACAGGGUCUCGUGGUUAUCCAUAGAGGACAAGGCAAUGCUGACGAGACGAGCAGCAAAGAUAAAGAUAGAUUUCUUCCGGAAACCUUGGAAGAAUUCUGGAAACGACAGCGUGCUUUUGUCAACAGAAGUUAACGGCAUCAUCACUGCGUACAUGACGCUGGCUACAGGGUUAAUAAGUGACAAGCUCUCGAAGGUGAAGGAACCUAGACGCACGAAAAAUCGUGAGUGGAAGGGAUCUGUGUUCGACACUAAGCCUACGUACAGCUUGGGAUCGGGUACCAUAUUUGUACCGGCAAGCAUUCUCGACCCGGACUACUUCGUGGACAACCUCACCAUGGCCCUACAAGUUCCUCGUAUAGUCAGGAAAAUCAUUCACGCACUCUUCGUAGCGGUGCAUGCGAAGAACUUCACCUGGACCGUCGACACCGAAAGAGGAUAUAGCGACUUACAAAAAUGCCUGCAGAGGCAUUACAGGGACACGUACAGGGAAAAGGACCGUAUGUCCGAGUUGACCACUUUGGAUAUGAUGUCGCUGCUGCCAACGCAUGACAUCUUUAUGAGCCAUUUCUUUGGGAAGACAAAUCGCGGCAACUUUGGCGACUACGAUAUUCUGUCCAAGAAUAAUAUAACAGUUGACCAGCUCUUCUUCGUCCUGUACGCAGAAGGGUUCUGCGAAACCGGAGAAGCCGAGAAGGAAAACCGGGUGAUGCAGGACGAUGCCGGUCACCUUCGAGUGAAUAUUCCUCUUCGCAAUUCUUUGCAUUUUCAAAAGACGUGGGACUGUGAUAGCAAAUAUUCUAAGAAUCCUCGCAAGAAGUGUAGCGUAUGGUCAAAAUGA